CAGCCUUAGCCAGGUAGAUCCACAGCUUUCUCCAGGUUGUGAAUUUCUUCCUGUCACUGAAGUUGUACGCCAUUUCCUUGCUGGCAUACCUCGACACCAGCGGGGAACGGUACUUCAUGAACUCGUCCGGUCCCUCCAUUUUUGUAAAGACGAAGUGGUGUCCGCUAAAACACAAAAAGUCUGCCCUGCACCUUCACCAACACACACUAGCUUCCCAAGUAACCCGCGCCGUCUUCGGCUUGUAGCAUCACAUGGAACUGUGUCAGUACCCAAUCCGUUCCACCGGCACAAUCCGUUCUGCGCAUGUGCAAGAUGACUGUAUGCCAUGAGGUAGGCGCAGAUAAUAAUACUGUUUUACGACCUGCCCAAUCUGUUCCACGCUAGCCUCCACCGGGAUAGCUAACAGCUAAUUUGGCUAACCGCUAGCCGACAGCGAUUCAGUCUAAAAUUAAUAAACUGCCAGGGAAGCUUUUUAUUUUACGACACUACAAGUCGGCGUACGGCGGGAGGUAGGCUCCGUGAGUACGACACUUUUGACAACGUACGGAAAAGUGGCGUCAUCGCUCUAAUUGCUCUUCAAUUGUUGGUUCGAAACAGCUGCGAGUUUAAACAACGCCCCAGUCCGUGAAAUCUGCAUACAGUGCCACGCUGCUGCUGCUGCUGCUGCUGCUGUGUGAUACAAGCGAGUGGGAGGAACAGCUUCCUCUGUUUUACCUAAGAAAAAUGACGAGACGUCUGCCUGGAACUGCUGCAGCAAGGAUAGAUUUGGCUUACAGUCUCCUGCAUUGCACAAUCUUUCCCCUCUUCUUGGCCAGAUAAAUAAAAGACGGAGCACAGGGAGACGAGGAAAAGGGGAGAGAAGCUACAGGGUAAAGGACGGAAAAGAGCCAUAGUGGGUAGAGGGGGUGUGGAGGAAAACAGAUUUAAAAAAAAAAGAGAGAGAGAGAGGGGGAGAGGUUGAAUGGCAGAGGAGGUAUGAAGAGAGAAAGGAAGGCAGGGGUAGAAACAGAGAACAGAGGAUAGAGUGAGUAACACUGCAGUAGAAUGAGGGUUAGAGUGAAAGAGAGAGCCAAGAAGCAUUUGAGCUGCCAGCCUUUCGCACGCCACUCAGGAUCCAUUGCUUUCUGAAGAGGCAAGAAGAGGAAGCCACCGUGGAGGCGAGAAGGAGAAGGAGGAGGGGGGCUGAGGAGGAGGAAGCCAGAGGUUCUACACACAAGAUGGCUGCUGUGUCCUCUGCCUCUGACACUGGGGACCCCAGGGGCCGACACCCCCCUGAGCGCAGGCUGCUGAUCCUGGGGGGACCACAGUCUGGUAAGACCUCCACCGCCAACAGCAUCCUGGGGGAUGAGGUCUUCGACGUUGGGACAGAGACCACUCACAGCAACGUUGGCCAGACGGAGAUCUACGGCCGACGGGUCACUGUGGUGGACACCCCGCCGUGGGCCAUCCCCGGUGACCCAGAGGACAACGCCGAAGCUGACAACGACGACAAUGCCGGCGCCGAGUCGGACAACCCGCCACGGGCCCCGCAGAGCCUGGACAGCGAGGGGCCGUGCAUGGGGGCCAUUCUCUGCCCUCCUGGGCCCCACGCCAUCCUGCUUGUGGUGUCGGUCACCCAGCCCUUCAGCGAAACGGAGAGGAGGGCCGCAGAGGAGCAGCUGGGGGCCCUGGGUGGAGGGACCUGGAGGUACUCCAUGGUGGUCUUUACUGGGGUGGACAAGCUGCCCAAAGAGGUCUUCAUUGAGGAGCACAUAGAGAACACCGGAGAGUCCCUGCAGUGGCUGGUGGAGAGAUGUGGAAGCAGGUACCACGCCUUCGAUAACACUCGGAAAGACACAGAAGACAACACACAGGUACCCGAGCUGAUGGAAAAGGUGGAGGAAAUGAUCACAGACAACCAAGGCUGGUACUUUGAGGUGAAUGAGUUGAUUUUACUGGAGGAGGAGCAGGCCAGGAGAGCUCUGGAGGAGGAGAGGAUGAGGAUGGAGGAGCACGCUAGACAGAGGGACCAGAUGAUCGGAGGACCCCCGAGAGAGUUGAGACUGCUCUUGUUAGGCUGGAAGGGUGUCGGAAAGAGCUCGGUGGGGAACUCCAUCCUAGGCCGCCGCUACUUUGAAUCGGGCCAGGAGACGGAGCUGUGCCUCAGGAGGCAGGCGCUCGUAUCCGGCCGUCGGAUCACAAUCGUCGACACCCCUGGCUGGGAUUGGUUCUCGGUGCGGCGGACCCCGAAGCGCAUCCGCCAGGAGUCCCAGCGCGGAGCCGCCCUCCUGCGACCUGGACCCCACACCCUGCUGCUGGUCCUCCCCGUUGUCUCGUCGCUCACGGCCAGGAAGAGGCGGACGCUCCUGGCUCACAUAGAGACUCUGUUUGGUGACAGCGCGUGCCUCCACACCAUGGUGCUGUUCAGCUGUGGCGAUUGGCUGGGCCGCACGCCCAUCGAGGAGCACAUUCUUCGGGGUGGGAGGGAGCUGCAAAGACUACUCGAAUACUGUGGGAACUAUUACCACGUCCUGGACAGUAAGAUACCCGGCAAGGACAGGAGUGUGUCAGUCCUGCUGGAUAAGAUGGAGGAGAUGAUCAGAGAGAACGGUGACAAGGCCUUCCUCCCCAUACAGACAGAGUGGUUGAGCGAGGACAGCUCUUACUCUUCUGACAACACCGAGCCGGAGGAUGACUGUCGAGGAUGCCAGCUACAGUGACACGAUGGCACUAAAAGGAAAGUGGUCCGGCUUUUCAUCCACGAGACCAAACGCCACCUCGCGUUACUUAAACCUCAUCGAGAUACAGUAUCUCGCUCUAACUCCAAAGAGUUUUAUGGGAAACAAAUGGCUUGGAACGGGGGAGUCUCGCCACAAGUAGCUCUUUGUUAGAAAGGCCGAACUGAUCACUGAGCAAAAGGGCCAAGCUGGACUGAAAGUGCAAACUCUCCUCAAACCCCAAGAGGAGGGGACAUAUUCUGCUUUUGCUUCAAGGGAUCAGAGAUUGAUUCCUGUUCGUGAGCAUGUACACAAAUAUCAUAACUGCUGCUAUAGAGACCCUGUUUUAACACUGCAGAGUAAAUAAUUACUCGUCAUUGUAACUAUGCGUUCAGACCACCCUGAUACAAGUUGAAAGCGUAAAAUCAAAACUAAGAGAAGACAGAUUUGGCGGUAGGACUCACGUCUGCAGUAGGCAUCACUCUUGGUUAUUGUAAGCAAGAGGACUUAGAGUAAGUUCUAUAUAUAUAUAUAUAUAUAUAUGACUUGUAUCAUGAAUUUGGACGAUGUUUUAAAAUACAGUACAGGCCAAAAGAUUGGACACACCUUCUCAUUCAAUGUGUUUCU